AUGAAAAAGGAGCAUAAAGAUUGUACUAAUUCCUCGCAACGCCACUGCAAAGAAGCCACUUUGCCACAUAUUCCAUUCACGCUAGCAAUGUGGGAUUUUGGCCAAUGCGAUCCAAACAAAUGCUCCGGUAGGAAAUUGGUCAGGCUUAAUAUGGUUCGUGAAUUGAAAAAAGCCCAUAUGGCCUCGUUUAAGGGAAUCAUCCUAACGUACAAUUUUGGUGCUUUUAUCUAUAGUCCCUCGGGAAGCCAAGCUGUAUCUCCAGCGGAUAAUGAUAUUAUAGCCAAGCACGGGAUUGCAGUGGUUGACUGCUCCUGGGCCCAACUCGAUGCCGUGCCUUUUCACUUGUUUUCCAAACAGAACCAACGUUUGCUUCCUUUCCUUAUCGCCUCGAACUCUGUAAAUUAUGGAAAACCAUGCAAUCUCAAUUGCGCCGAAGCCUUCGCGGCUUGCUGCUUCAUAUGCGGUUUUGAUGGUGUCGGAGAUUUGGUGAUGAGCAAAUUCAGAUGGGGGCCUACCUUUUUUAAAAUCAACAAAGCGCUUUUCUCCAAAUAUAAGACUUGCUCUAGUUCUGCAGAAAUUUGCAAAAUACAACAGUCAGAAAUCGAGGCGAUUCAAACAGAAAAGCGGAUCAAAAAACUGUCUCUCGACGAUCCAAUCGACUAUUUUGAGUCUGGGAAUUCAAACCAUGUGGUUUCUUCCGCAUCAAGUGGUUCGGAUGUAUCGGAUUUUGAGUCUGGGAAUUCAAACCAUGUGGUUUCGUCCGCAUCAAGUGGUUCGGAUGUAUCGGAUUUUUCGUCCUCUUCCGAAGAUUCAUGGUUUGACUCUCAAGCUUCAACUUCAAGUGGAAAUACAGAUUCAAGCGAGGAGUCAAGCGAGGAUUCAAGCGAGGAUUCAAGCGAGGAUUCAAGCGAGGAUUCUGAUUGA